UCUUACCUCCCACCCCCCUCCUCCACACCCGCCUUUCUCUUCUGCCUCAGUCACUUCCUUCCUCAGCCUCUUCCUCCUCGGUGUGUUGAAGAAGAUAACCGGGUCCGGACCAACGCUGCACCAGCUUUUCCUCGGAAAAGAAAACGAGGCGGAUCGGCAGCAAUGAAUGUGGAGCAUGAAAUUAACCUCUUAGUGGAGGAAAUUCAUCGUCUGGGUUCAAAAAAUGCUGAUGGGAAGUUGAGCGUGAAAUUUGGGGUCCUCUUCCGAGAUGACAAGUGUGCCAACCUCUUUGAAGCAUUGGUGGGAACUCUCAAGGCUGCGAAACGAAGGAAGAUUGUCACGUACCCAGGAGAGCUCCUUUUACAGGGUGUUCACGAUGAUGUGGACAUUAUAUUGCUGCAGGAUUAAUGUGGUUUGCAUAUCUUUGUUUACUGUUAUUUUUUGUUUCUGGUAAACUGGAAUAUUAAGUCAAAGGACAAACACGAGCAUACUUGAUGUAUUUUUAUAGAACUUUGUAAACAAAAGGAGACUCUUAUUUUAAAAGUCUGUCCUUUUUUAUACCCUGAAAGAAAAGUUAUGUAUUACACUGUAAAAGAAACAAAACCUAUUAUUUUUUUCUCAGGAAUCUGAUUGGAAAAAUGUAGGUUGAGGCUUUUUUGGUGGGGGUGCAAGGGUGUUUCAUAAAUCAUUCUUAGACAAUUUCUACAGAUAUUUGACAUUCCAUGAAAGCAAGAGGCAAAACUGAAGACCAGCUCCCACAAGGAAUAUUGUAAUGUUUAUGUAAUAAAAACAUGUAACUAUGUUAAA